AUGUACUUGAAAACGCUUUAUACUCAUGGAAAUUAUGAAGCCGAUUCUGAUUUCAAAGGCGAUUCCGGAACUAAUUCCGAUUUCUGGGCCGAUUCUGGAACCGAUUCCGAUAUCGAAGCCAAUUAUGGAGCCGAUUCCGAAUCCGAUUCCAGAGACGAUUCCGAAUCCAAUUCCGGAGCUGAUUUCGAGUCCGAAGCCGAUUCCGGAGCCGCUUCCAAAUCUGGAUCCAACUCCGAUUCCGGAACCGAUUUCGAUUCUGCAGCCAAUUCUGGAGCCAAUUUCGAACCCAAUUCCAAGGAGACGAUUCCGAAUCCAAUUCCGAAGCCGAUUCCGGAGCCAGACUAUUCCGAAUCCGAUUCCGGUGCUGAUUUCGAUUCCGAAGCCGAUUCCGGAGCCGCUUCCAAAUCUGGAUCCAACUCCGAUUCCGGAACCGAUUCCGAUUCUGCAGCCAAUUCUCGAGCCAAUUUCGAACCCAAUUCCAAGGAGACGAUUCCGAAUCCAAUUCCGAAGCCGAUUCCGGAGCCGUUUCCGAAUCUGGAACCAAUUCCAAUUCUAGAACCGAUUCCGAUACCGAAGCCAAUUCUGGAGCCGAUUCCGAAGCUGAUUCCAGAGACUAUUCCGAAUCCGAUUCCGGUGCUGAUUUCGAUUCCGAAGCCGAUUCCGGAGCCGCUUCCAAAUCUGGAUCCAACUCCGAUUCCGGAACCGAUUCCGAUUCUGCAGCCAAUUCUGGAGCCAAUUUCGAAGCCAAUUCCAAGGAGACGAUUCCGAAUCCAAUUCCGGAGCUGA